AUGACGCUGAGGUGGGCAGCGGGACUGGUCUCGGCCAAGGUGCUGCAUUCCGUCAGGAUGCAGCACCUUCGGUCGGGACACAGUCACGAAGACGUUGAUCAGCUAUUUGGAUCUGUAUCCCGGUAUCUACUGAAAGCUAAGAAGCUUCUCACCGCUGACGACGUUGUGCAGUGGGUGCGCAAAUUCUUGGCGCAAGCAAAAUUGCGCGAGAAGGAUCGCCAUUGUAUCAAACUGGAUCAGGUGCGAGACUGGAGAUCUUUUUAUGCAGUGUCAGUUCCAGUGUCCUUAACCGGCACGGGAGGGCCAGGUGUAGCUGAUGAUGCAAUCGACAGUAGCUACUGGCGACGCUGCAACCCCUCUCCAGAUGAUGUCAUCCUGAGGACCAAACGGUGGAUGCAUAACAGCGAUUACGACGCCGCGUUUCUUUUCUAUCCGCGAGAAGUCGCCCAGCAACGACUCAUGCUUGGAGUGCCUGCAAGCUUCGCUGAGCGGAACCCAAUCUCGGAAGAGUACCGGGAACACAGCUUUCAGGGCUGCUGA